GAGCCUUUGUGUCUACAAGAGCACAAGUGAAUGUUUUGAGAGCUUGAAUACUCUCUCUCUCUCUCUCUCUCUCUCUCUCUCUACAUAUAGCAAUAGAGAUCACAAUAUACAAUCAAAGCAAAGGGGAGGAUCCAAAAAGAAAAGGAGAGCUUAAAGAUGAUUCAAGAGCUGUUUGGAUCAGCCUCGCCACUAAUAGGAGGAGCUGGAGAGAGGAAACUAAUCUCCAUUAGCAAUGGAAUCAUCCUUGAAGGCACCCCGGCUUCGUCUUCCUCUUCGCCUUCUCCCUUGGCUUCACCCAAUAAUUCUUCCUCGUCCGCCACGGCUGCGUUAUCCGGAACGGUGGCUAAAACUGUUGGUGCUACGGCUGCUGGUGCUGGUACUGGUACCGGUUCGAAUGGUACAGCAACCCAGUCGUCGAACUCUUCCGAUGGCCAGCAGCCGAACUUGAGGUGCCCGAGAUGCGAUUCCUCGAACACCAAGUUCUGCUACUAUAACAACUACAACCUCACGCAGCCCCGCCACUUCUGCAAGACAUGCCGCCGGUACUGGACCAAGGGUGGGGCCCUAAGGAACGUCCCCAUCGGAGGCGGGUGCAGGAAGAACAAGACCUCCAGCAUAUCUUCUUCCGUGGCGAAGUCGAGCGCUACCAAGUUCAAGAGCCUAUCUUCGUCGGGAUUUAUGGGAGGGCUCGAUCACGAGCUACCGUCCAACCCAGUCAUGUGGGCUUCACCGCAUGGCUCUCACCUUUUGGCCUUACUGAGAGGAGCCCCGAUAAACCCUAAUCCUAGCCCUAGUCCUAAUCCUAGUCCAUUAAUCAAGGAGGAAGUACACAUGUUUGGACCCCAUGUAAUGGCCGAUUCCGGGAUGGCGAGCGCAUGCGGAAUGAGUCCUCGCGGACUCGGGCUCGAUCCUCUGAAUCAAUUGCCGUCAAUUGGCCUGUGCAGUUCUUUCUAUAGAAACUAUCAACAACAAUCCACUUUCCAACAAAACCAAGCCAACCAUCAGAGCCCCCAACAUGGUUACAUGCUCAGUGACGCUCAAAACAAUAGCGCGAUUCAAGCUCUGUACCAGAGGCUUAAAUUAUCGACUGGUGAUUACGACACCGAGCGACCUCCUAUGGCGGCAUCAAGCAGCCAGAACUUGGCCAUCUCUUCUGCUCCGACUUCUUCGGCUCUCGAGUCAGCUCCAACGGGGGUUGGAGGUGAUCAAUUGGGUUACUGGAGCAAUAACUCGAGCUUGUGCUGGUCGGAUCUUCCAACAAGUAAUGGUGCAUACCCUUGAGAAAACCUUAAAAACCUUGUUUUUCUCCUUUGUGUUUGUUGUUCAUGCAUUCGUCUUUCAAUUAAUUAGUUUCCUCUUUCUCGUCAAAAGCUAUAUAUUAUGGCGUAUAGCUUAGAACGGUUGUGGGGGUCAUGGUAUAUGGACUGACUGUAGCGUCAGUGUUGUUAUAGUAAUAUAUAUAUAUAUAUAUAGUUCCUUAGCUUUGUUGUGUGAAU